GGGGGCGGGCGGAGGAGGAGAGGAGGGCGAGGCCGGGCACCUCCCCCUUUAUAACGCGCCCCCUCCCGGGCUCUCGGGCCGCCUCCUAGUCGGCUCUUCCCGUCUCGCCCCCUCGCCCGGCUGCCCCGGGCCCGGGCCCGGCCAGGGAGCCCCCCAGGCUGCGGCUCGGGGGCCGCCCCCCCGCCCGCCGCCCCGCGCAGCCCGGCGGAGGCGGCGCCGUCGGAGGAGGAGGAGCAGGGCACUGCGGCUGGCCCCGGAUCGGGCGCCAGAGCGGCAGCAGCUUCGGCAGCAGCGGCGGCCCGGGCCAAUGCAGCGGGACGCGCCGCCCCGAGCCCCAGCCCCGGCGCCCCGGCUCCCCGCGCCCCCGAUCGGGGCCGCCGCCAGUAGUGGCGGCGGCGGAGGCGGGGGCAGCGGCGGCGGCGGAGGCGCCUCUGCAGCUCCGGCUCCCCCUGGCCUCUCGGGAACUACAAGUCCCAGGGGGCCUGGCGGCGGGCGGCGGGCGGAAGAGGCGGGGUCGGCGCCGCGGGGCCGGAAGUGGCCGUGGAGGCGGAAGUGGCGCGGCCGCGGAGGGGCCUGGAGCGCGGCGGCGGGACCUGGAGCGGGAGCAGCAGCAGCAGCGGCGGCUGGGGGCGGCGGCGGCGGCGGCGCGCUGGAGGUGGCCAUGGCAAAGCAGUACGACUCGGUUGAGUGCCCCUUUUGUGAUGAAGUUACCAAAUACGAGAAGCUUGCCAAGAUCGGCCAAGGCACCUUUGGGGAGGUGUUUAAGGCCAAGCACCGCAAGACCGGCCAGAAGGUGGCUCUGAAGAAGGUCCUGAUGGAAAAUGAGAAGGAGGGGUUCCCCAUUACAGCCUUGCGGGAGAUCAAGAUCCUUCAGCUUCUAAAACACGAGAAUGUGGUCAACUUGAUUGAGAUUUGUCGAACCAAAGCUUCCCCCUAUAACCGCUGCAAGGGCAGUAUAUACCUGGUGUUCGACUUCUGUGAGCAUGACCUUGCUGGGCUGUUGAGCAAUGUUUUGGUCAAGUUCACGCUGUCUGAGAUCAAGAGGGUGAUGCAGAUGCUGCUUAACGGCCUCUACUACAUCCAUAGGAACAAGAUCCUGCACAGGGACAUGAAGGCUGCUAAUGUGCUUAUCACUCGUGAUGGAGUCCUGAAGCUGGCAGACUUUGGGCUGGCCCGGGCCUUCAGCCUGGCCAAGAACAGCCAGCCCAACCGCUACACCAACCGUGUGGUGACACUCUGGUACCGGCCCCCGGAGCUGUUGCUCGGGGAGCGGGACUACGGCCCCCCCAUUGACCUUUGGGGUGCUGGGUGCAUCAUGGCAGAGAUGUGGACCCGCAGCCCCAUCAUGCAGGGCAACACGGAGCAGCACCAGCUCGCCCUCAUCAGUCAGCUCUGCGGCUCCAUCACUCCUGAGGUGUGGCCAAACGUGGACAAGUAUGAGCUAUAUGAUAAGCUGGAGCUGGUCAAGGGCCAGAAGCGGAAGGUGAAGGACAGGCUGAAGGCCUACGUGCGCGACCCGUAUGCACUGGACCUCAUCGACAAGCUGCUGGUGCUGGACCCUGCCCAGCGCAUCGACAGCGACGAUGCCCUCAACCACGACUUCUUCUGGUCUGACCCCAUGCCGUCCGACCUCAAGGGCAUGCUCUCCACCCACCUGACGUCCAUGUUUGAGUACCUGGCACCGCCGCGCCGGAAGGGCAGCCAGAUCACUCAGCAGUCUACCAACCAGAGCCGCAAUCCCUGCCACCACCAACCAGACGGAGUUUGAGCGUGUCUUCUGAGGGCUGGUGCUUGCCACUAGGGUGGUUGUAUUCUGCUAUGUGACUUGCAUCGUGGAGACGGUGGGGCAUUUGAGUUUCUGUCUCUCAUGCAUAGUUUAUUUAAUCCCCACCCUGGGCUCUGGGAGCAGCCUGUUGAGUGGACUGGAGUGGAGCAUUGGCUGAGAGGCCCGGAGGGCACCAGGGCUCUCCCAUCUUGCUCCCUGGCUUUCUGGAAGGUGCCCAGAGGAUCUCCAUGGGGUGGGAGGAAGGGCUCACCCACCAGUGACUUAGUUUCUAAGAGCUUCCAGCAUGAUGGAAGAGGGGACAGGUCCUUCACCCAUCCCCAGUCCUAUUCUCGGGCUAUGAACUGUGUGUGGGGGCAGGGCUGGCCUCAGGAGUGGGCUCUUUUUGGCCUUGCUCUCAGAAGCUGGGGCUGGCAUAAACUCUUGGUUUCUUCAGCAGGAGAAUUUAUCAUUUUUCUUUUGGUUCCGUUGUUCGGAGACAUUCUUGGACACAGUUUGUUGAGUUAGAAUUAAAAGUGAGGUUUUUUUUUC